AUGGGGAAAUACGAGUCGUUCAGCAGCUUCCACCCUGAGGCUCACCUUCCUCUCAGCGUGAUUGGAGGAGGAUCUGUUUACCUGCAGCUGAGCCUUCAGGACCCCCCCGCCCCCCACCUGCUGCUGCUGGUUCACUCCUGCCUGGCGUUCACACACACACCGCACAGCAGCUGGAGGCUGGUCUACGAUGGUUGUCGCGGUGAUUCCCAGCUGCUCCCUUCCUCUCGCUCCACCCCCCCUCCCACCCAGAGGAUCCUGAUCCCUGCCCUCCAGUCUCCGCCCUCUGAGAGCCCCCCCCUCCUGACUGAAGGAGGAUCCUCUCACCUGCAGGACCCCGAGAUCUACUUCAUGUGUUUGACAGAGGUGUGCUAUGCUGCAGAUGUUGACUGCACCAUAAGCUGUAUCCACAGUAAGUUCAACACACAGGACACACCCAAGAGAAACUGA